UAGUCUAGACUACUAGUUGAUAGAAAAUAACUAUGAUCAUGGGAGCUGCAACAGUAGUAAUUGCUGCAAUAGUUGUGAUUUUGGUGGCCUAUUUUGUUGGGAAAGUGUUGUAUACAGUAUGGUGGUGGCCAAAGAUGAUAGAAAAAAAGCUGAAGAAGGAAGGUAUCCAUGGAGAGCCGUACAAAUUGCUGUUUGGGAAUUUUAAAGAGAUGAUGAAAAUGUCUAACGAAGCAAAGAAACAACCCUUGUUAAAUCAUGAUAUCAUUCCUUGGAUUAAUCCUUUUCUUGUUCGUCUUUCUAACACUUACAAGAAAAUAUUUGUGGUGUGGGCUGGACCGACACCUCGCGUUACAGUAACAGAUCCAAAGUUGAUCCGAGAAGUGUUGAAUAGAUAUAAUGAAUUCCAUAAGCCUGAAGCCAAUGCAUUCAUCCACUUGUUUGUUACUGGACUUGCCAGUUAUGAUGGUGAAAAAUGGGAUACCCACAGAAAGAUACUUAACCCUGCCUUUCAUGUAGAGAAGCUAAAGAGGAUGUUCCCAGCAAUUUCUUCGUGUUGCGAUGAAAUGAUAAAUAGAUGGGACGAAUUGGCUAGCAAAGAAGGAAGCUGUGAGUUGGAUGUGGCAGAUGAGUUUCUUAACUUAGGUGGAGAUGUUAUAUCAAGAGCUGCAUUUGGUAGCAAUAUUGAAGAAGGAAGGUCCAUUUUCCUACUUCAAAAGGAGCAGUGCGAACUUAUUUUGGCUUCUCCAUUCACCCUUUUCUUUCCCGCACUAAGAUUCCUUCCAACAGCAUCAAACAGAAAAGCAAAGUACAUCCACAAGAAAGUGAUAUCAUUGAUAAGAGGGAUAAUAGAGAAGCGAGAAGAUGCAGUGCGAAGAGGAGUGUCGGACAAUGACGAUAUUUUAGGUUUACUCCUAAAAGCAAGAAAUGAAGAAAACGCUGCAGGGAGAGGAUCACUAUCACGUCUAUCGACUGAUGAUGUGAUUGAAGAAUGUAAAGAAUUUUACUUUGCAGGACAAGACACAACCACAGCUUUGCUCUCUUGGACAUUGGUGGUCUUGAGCAUGCACCCUGAGUGGCAAGACAAAGCCAGGAAUGAAGUGUUUCAAGUAAUUGGGAAAAACAAACCAAAGUUUGAUGACUUGAAUCAGCUUAAAUUAAUGAACAUGAUCUUCCAAGAGGUGUUGAGAUUAUAUCCAGCAAUCUUUCUUAUUCGAAGCACAUCAAAGGACACUCAAUUAGGAGACAUGACUAUUCCACCAGGAGUACAAGUGUGUGUGCCUACUCACUUGGUACAUCGCGAUCCUCAAGUAUGGGGAGACGAUGCAUUGAUGUUCAAUCCGGAGAGGUUCUCGGAAGGGGUUACAAAAGCAGCGAAAGAGCAGUUGUAUUUUCCGUUUGGUUGGGGUGCUCGGAUGUGCAUCGGUUUGAACUUUGGAAUGUUGGAAGCAAAGCUGAUUUUUGCUCAAAUUCUGCAGCACUUUUGGUUUGAGCUCUCUCCUUCCUACACUCAUGCCCCUCAGCUCAUACUCAUUAUGAAACCUCAAUAUGGUGCUCAGAUAAUCCUCCACAAGCUUUGAGCCUUUCGACUAGUUAAUGAAUAAAUUAGGUUGAACCUACUAUUCAUGCAUUUCAAUAUCUUGUUAUC